GGAUUUCAUGAAGCCAGCCAGACUCAAGGCUAUGUCCUGUGAGUCUGGAUCCCAGCGGAGGUGGAUCCGGUUUGAGACCGUUCCAAUCCACGGAGCAAGUCAUCGAGGAGCCGCUUUUCCUUUGCAUCCCCCAAGCUCAAUAGCCAACAUCACCUGGUCGAAAAGCCGCAUCAGUUUUAUUCAGCGACGCAAAAUCCACCCCCCGCCGUCCCCCCAGCCCCAAUCCCUGGGUCGAAAAGCUGAGGUGAGCCGGAUCUCAGACACUGCUGGAGUUUUAUUCCUUUGAAGGGAAAGGCCCAGCUCAAAGUGUCUUAAAAACAGCCCCUUUUGAGUAGCACUCCCUGAUACGCUCCCCUGAUUGAAGACUCAGUCUGGGGGUUUUUUUGUUCGUUUGAACGGAUUAAAACUUUGGGGACCAAACAAAGAACCAUUGUGCGCCCAAAAUUUUGUGUCCUGAAAUUCACCCGGUUCAAGACCGCGUUAGAGCCAAAGACUCCAACCCCGCGUCCGGCUCCCCGAUCUCAGCAACGGCCAGUCCCUGGAUUUCAGACUCUCCUUGUAAUUUUCUUCUUUGGGCUCCACCCAAGUAACUCAGCACCCAUCUAAAGCUCUCGCUGGCCCGGAUCUUCGCCAUGGAUCCUGGCCCUGUGGCAGCGAAUCGAUCCAGUCAAUCUCAGAUUUUUUGGAGGUAGCCCAAACGCGGCUUCGUUUGCCGCCCCGGUCUCCACAACCGCUUGAGGAUUCUGGAGUUUGUUCUUUUGAGCCAGCGCCGGUCCGAAGGCGAUGUGACGCCUGGUCGGCGGGUGGGCAGGAUCGAACCGGGCACCGCUGGAGCUAAAUGUAUGAGCCUUGACUGCAUGAGCUAAAAGCCAACUGCCUGUAGAGGAGAUGCAUUAAUUUUAGGGCCAUUGGAUGGGACAAAGCGCCACACCCAGGAGGUGUGCGGGUUACAAGGGCCCCAAGAUGCCUCCAACCCUGAACUGAGCAGCCGAGAUCUUUCGCCCGGUAAAGCAGCGGGUUGUGGGGGGAAAGGGGGGAGCAGGAAGCUACAUAAUUCUCCGCAGCUUUGCAGGGAAGACCGAGACCCAGCGCUGGAUUAGCGAGGAGAAAAGAUUUUGAUUCCUGCCUCCAAGACGGGCUGGAAGCUAAGAGUGGAUUAAACGAUCAAUCUGCAGAGCGUGGAGCGUCGUCCUGGCCCGUCCAAUUCAGGGAAGGAGGGAAGGGGCCAUAUGGGAGCCGAAAUCGCCGUCUGGAGUCCAAGAAACUUUCUCUCCCAGAGAGAUUGAAGCCUUGGCUGCGAGUGGGAGGAGAAGGCGGGGGGGGAGUCAGACAUUAGGAAGGGAGCUGCCGGCCUGUGGCAACAGAGGCCGGGGCCCGGGACGAUGAUCAAACUGAGCCGGAAGACGCGCUCGCUGCUGGCGCUGGCCUUGAACUUGCUGGCCCUCGGCUUGGCCGUGUCGGCCUUCGCCACCAGCUACUGGUGCGAGGGGACGCACAAGGUGGUCAAGCCGCCCUGCCUGUCGGCCAUCAGGCAUGGCAGCUGCGUGCCUGUCGGGGCCAACGAGACGGAGGCUGGGAACGCCACCCUGGACCCCAACGUGGUGCAGUACAUCUGGGAGACGGGCGAGGACAAGUACGCCUUCCGCUACUUCCACACCGGCUUCUGGCUCUCCUGCGAGGAGCACCACGGAGACGAGAUCUGUCGCAGUUUCAUAGAGCUGCCCCCCGAGUCGGAGAAAGGGGUGCUGUGGCUGUCGGUGGCGUCGGAGUUCCUGUACAUCACCCUGCUCAGCGUCGGCUUUGUGCUCAUGGGCCUGGAUGCCACCUGCUAUGCGGACUUCAUCGCCGGGCUGAAGAUCAACGCUUUCGCCGCCGUGAUCACCGUGCUGUCGGGUCUCCUGGGCAUGGUGGCCCAUAUGAUGUACAUGACGGUCUUCCAGGUGGCCGUCAACCUGGGGCCCAAGGACUGGAGACCCCAGACCUGGUUCUACGGCUGGUCCUUCGGCAUGGCCUGGCUCUCGUUCACACUCUGCAUGUCGGCCUCGGUGCUGACCCUCAACACCUACACCAAGACCCUGCUGGAGUUCCAGUACCGGCGCCGGACCCGCGAGCAGCAGAGCCAGCGGGGGCCGCGCUCGCCCGGCCUGGCGCCCGACCUCGAACGCUUCCUGUGGGAAAAGUAUGUCUUCAGCAUCAGCGACUCGCUGGACUUCUCCCCUGGCCACUCCCGCCCCACUGCUGGGGGGUGCAAGGGCCGCGGCGGGGUCUACGCCAGCCUGGCCGAGGAGCGCUGCAGGGAUGCCAGCGACCCAGACGAUGGCGAGCCCUGCUAGGGGGCUGGGGGGGGGAAUCGACCAUCCCUGACCCCCCCUUAUCUCUACAGUCCUACUCUCCCCGCACAAUCAAACCUCCUUCCCCCUCCCUUCCCCCC